AUGCCGCUCGGAGAGAGGCCUGGUGAUGAAAGAAGCGAGACCAAGUAUUGUGGAGUUGAGACGGAUUUCAGCAAUGACAUGCCUCUAGUUCUUAACUUCAAUAUCCAUGGUGGAUUUGAUUUUGUGGUCGCCCCCUUGAUGGAUCCAUCUUACAGGCCUAGUUUAAUAGAUCAUAGCAGCAAGGAAGGUGGUGCUCUACCGUUUGCUAGUUCAGACUUGGUACUAAGCCCCUCACAAUGGAGUGGUCAUGUUGUUGGAAAGAUUAGCUCUUGGAUUGACUUGGAUUCCGAAGAUGAAAUUCUUCGCCAUGAUUCAGAAGUAACUUUGAAGCAGGAAAUAUCUUGGGCCUCUCAUCUCUCUUUGCAGGCAUGCCUUCUUCCGUCACCUAAGGGAUUAUCCUGUGCAAAUUAUGCGAGAUGCGUGAAUCAAAUCCUUCAGAAUCUUACCAGCAUGCAGUUGUGGCUUAGGAUUCCACUGGAGAAACCUGAUGAUGAUUCCAAUAUGGGAGACGUUGAUCACAUGAUUGAUUCUUGGGAGUUGUGGAAUUCUUUUCGUCUGCUAUGUGAACACCACAAUCAGUUGUCCGUUGCUCUUGAUGUGUUGUCUUCUUUACCUUCAGCAAGAUCGUUAGAAAGGUGGUUUGGAGAGCCUGUUAGAGCAGCAAUUAUCAGUUCCAAUUCUUUUUUGACGAAUGCAAGAGGCUAUCCUUGUCUAUCGAAGCGCCACCAAAAAUUGAUGGCCGAAUUUUUCAACAAUUCAGUUCAGGUGGUGAUUUCUGGGGGCGAAACACAGAGCAUGCAUUCUAGGGUCAGCAGUUCUCAUGAAGACAAUGAUGGUGUUAACCGACAUCCUUUACGGUCAUAUUUGGACUACGUUGCUUAUCUGUACCAAAGGAUGGAUCCUCUUCCUGAGCAAGAACGCUUUGAGCUUGGUUACAGGGAUUAUUUGCAAUCACCUUUGCAGCCUCUCAUGGAUAAUUUGGAGGCCCAAACAUAUGAAACCUUUGAAAAGGACACUGUUAAGUACCUGCAGUACCAAAGAGCAGUUUCUAAAGCAUUGCUGGACAGGAUUCCUGAUGAAGAAGCACCGAAUGUCACUACCAUAUUGAUGGUUGUGGGCGCUGGUAGAGGACCCCUGGUUCGAGCCUCACUACAGGCUGCAGAAGAGACAGGACGGAAGUUGAAAGUUUAUGCUGUAGAAAAGAAUCCAAAUGCAGUUGUUACACUUCAUAGCUUGGUUAAGCUAGAGGGCUGGGAGAAUGUUGUUACUAUAGUUUCCUCUGACAUGCGUGCUUGGGUUGCUCCUGAGAAAGCUGACAUUCUGGUUAGCGAAUUGCUAGGUUCGUUUGGCGAUAAUGAACUAUCACCAGAGUGCCUCGAUGGAGCACAAAGAUUUUUAAAACCUGAUGGAAUCUCAAUUCCUUCUUCGUACACAAGUUUUAUCCAACCAAUUACAGCCUCCAAGCUAUAUAAUGAUGUCAAAUCACACAAAGAUCUGUUACACUUUGAAACUGCAUAUGUUGUAAAACUGCAUCGUGUAUCAAGGCUUGCUCCUUCACAACCUGUAUUUACAUUUACUCAUCCUGACUACUCGGCUAAUAAACGAAAUGAUCGGUAUAAGAAGCUUCGAUUUGAGAUACCCAGGGACACUGGGUCAGCAAUGGUUCAUGGAUUUGCUGGCUACUUUGAUGCAACACUAUAUAAAGACGUGCACCUUGGUAUCGAACCGUCAACUGCGACACCUAGCAUGUUUAGCUGGUUUCCUAUCUUCUUCCCCUUAAGGACUCCGGUCUGCGUUCAACCGGGUGUUCCUUUAGAAGUUCAUAUGUGGCGUUGUUGUGGUUCUACGAAGGUUUGGUACGAGUGGUGUGUGGCUUCUCCUACCUCUUCUCCUGUCCACAACACUAAUGGCCGCUCAUAUUGGGUCGGACUUUGA